AGCAACUCUUAUCCAAGAACCUUUACUUAGUCCCCUUGAUUUCCAAACCACCACAAACAUGCGCUUCAACUCCAUCAUCGCCGCCGGCGUCAUGCUCUCGGGAGCUGUCGUCUCCGCCGCCGAAUGCAACUGCUACGGUCUCUGCACCCCCGGUCAAGCCGGAUCUCGCAACUCGCUCUACGCUGCUCGUCAACACGUCUGCGGCGACGGACUAUACAAGAACGAUGGCGGAUACAAGGUUCCGGGUGGUGGUUACCUCUCUUGGCCUGGAGGCUUUGACCAACAGAGAUGCUGGGACGCGUUUGAGAAUAUUCUUAACCAGUGCCGUCCCGAGGGCGCAGGCCUUGGUAACCAUUGUGGGUCGUACAACUGGUACGGAAAACUAUACAAGGUGGCAGGAUGCGCUUAGUACGACCAAAAGGCAACAGGAUACCUCUUGCUGCAAUACGCAUCUACUGAAGUCGAAUUCAUGAAUACAUUAUCG